AUGUCUAAUGCUAAUGGUACUCCCGCCCUUGUGGUUGGGGAAGGCUCUCUAUCUCUCUCUAACUUCAUUAAUCUUGAUUUUGUAUUGGUUGUUCCAUCAUUGGACCAUAACUUGUCUGUUGCACAACUUAAUACUACUUUGGGGUGUAAUGUAAAAUUUUGGCCAAAUUAUUGUGUUUUUCAAGACAUCCUCACCAGGAAUAUGAUUGGUUGUGGUACUAGGCGGGCAAACUCUACUACAUGGGCACCAAAUAGUGAGACCAAGGUUGGUCAAGCUUUCACAACAAGUAGAGCUAGUUUUGAGAGGCAAAGAAACAAACUUCUAGUGUGA